AUGAUGGAGAUGAAGCAGCAAGUCCUCUCAAAUGAUCCCUCAAACAACUUUCCCGAGCAUCAUCACCUCCCCUUCCCCACAUGGCCCAACCCUAAUUACUACACCAACAACAUAACUAAUAAUAAUAAUAAUAAUAAUAAUAAUAAUAAUAAUAAUAAUAAUAAUAUUCCUGUGUUUGGAGGAGGAGACGAAGAUGAAGAGGAAGAGGAAGAACUUGGGGCUAUGAAGGAGAUGAUGUUCAAGAUAGCAGCAAUGCAGCCAGUGGACAUCGACCCUGCCAGCGUGCGGCGGCCCAGGCGGCGCAACGUCCGAAUCAGUGACGACCCCCAGAGCGUGGCUGCCAGGCACCGGCGCGAGAGGAUUAGCGAGAGGAUGAGGAUACUGCAGAGGCUCGUCCCGGGAGGCACCAAGAUGGACACUGCAUCUAUGCUUGACGAGGCCGUGCGCUACCUCAAGUUUCUAAAGCGCCAAAUCCGACUACUCCAAUCCCAACAACACCAGCACCAGCACCAGCACCAGCACCACCAUCUCUUUUGA